AAAGCCUUGUUAAGAAUGACAGAUCUAAACUCCAUACAUCUCUUGUCAGAAUCUCUUUCAGAGAUGUAUCGACCAACCCUGCUGGUGCUGGCCGUGCUGCUCUGCUCUUCACUUUUGGUAAAUGGAGGGAAAGUACUUGUGUUCCCUGUCGACGGGAGCCACUGGGUCAACAUGAAAAUCCUCAUUGAGGAGCUUCACUCCAGAGGCCAUGAAAUCAUGGUGUUGCGUUCAUCGGACAGCUGGUACAUCAAGGCAGAGUCAAAUCACUACACGUCCAUCACUAUAAAUUCUCCUAUUGGCUUUGAUCCAAAAACGUUUGGGUCAUUUGUAACCAGAAUGUUGAACAUGCGGCGGGAAGGCGCCUCAAUCUGGACUCGUAUGUCUCUGGAGUACGAAAUGGUGAGACAGUUCUUUCAGGUGAAUAAGCAGGUGGCGGAGAUGAUGGUUGAUGUGUUUGAGAACAAGAAAUUGAUGCAGAGCCUCCAUGAUGCCAAAUAUGAUGUGGUUCUGACGGACCCUACAAUAGGUGCUGGGGUGCUUCUGGCUCACCGUUUGGGUCUUCCACUUGUCUUAAAUGUGAGGUGGACUAUUCAGGGUGAGGCACAUCGUUUAAUUGCUCCUUCCCCAUUGUCUUAUGUCCCAAUCCCAAUAACAGAGCUGACUGACAAGAUGACGUUUUCUCAGCGGGUCAAGAACUUCCUUUUCUAUUUAUUCACACGUAUCCAAAUUAAGUAUAUCGCAGACCCAAACUAUCAACCAUUUGUCGAUCGUUAUUUCGGCCCUGGUGUUCACUACUUGGAGCUGUUCCAAGCAGCAGACAUCUGGUUGAUGAGGAAUGAUUUUACUUUUGAGUUCCCACGCCCCACAAUGCCCAAUGUAGUCUACAUGUCAGGAUUUCAGUGCAAACCCUCCAAGCCCCUCUCUAAAGAACUAGAGGACUUUUUCCAGAGCUCUGGUGAACAUGGCAUCAUUGUUAUGACAUUGGGCACCCUGGUGGCAAAUCUUCCUGAAGACAUGACUGAGGAUAUUGCUGCUGCUUUUGCCCAACUCCCUCAGAAGGUUAUCUGGAGGCAUAAAGGCAAAAGACCAUCAUCCCUUGGCAACAACACGUUGCUUGUGGACUGGAUGCCUCAAAACGACCUGCUGGGUCAUCCUAAGACCAGAGUGUUUGUCGCCCAUGGAGGCACCAAUGGUGUUCAGGAGGCAGUUUACCACGGUGUUCCCCUGGUCGGCCUUCCCCUCAUGUUCGACCAGCAUGACAACUUCUUCAGGAUGGAAAUAAGAGGUGUGGCCAAAGUGUUGGACAUUUCAACUCUGAACAAAGACAACUUCCUGCAGGCACUGAAGGAGGUGCUCUAUGAGCCGUCCUACAGGGAGAAGAUGAAGGCGCUUUCAAACCUACAAAGAGAUCAGCCCAUGAAACCUCUGGAUCGUGCCAUGUUCUGGAUUGAGUUUGUCAUGAGACACAAAGGAGCUCCACAUCUAAGGACAGAGUCUUACAAGAUGUCCUUCAUUCAGUACCACUCAAUUGAUGUGGUCGUGUUUCUGCUGGCAGUUAUUCUGCUAGUUGUAAUCGUUUUCAUUGCAGCAGUUAAGUUUGUAUGGCGAAUGGUGUUUUCUAGAAGCAAAGUCAAAAAGGAAUGAUGAAUGUGCUGCAACAUAGUUGUGAUACUCUCCCUUUUGUCUAGAAGGUAAUUUCUUAUAAAGAAAUAAUUACCUGCAUACCUCAUAAUAUGUAUUAGCACACACUGACAAAUCUCACAUAGUAUAGUGACCUCCAUCAGGGUGAUAUUUUACAUCUUUUUUUUUCAUUUUGUCAUUUAGCCGGGUCUUUUAUCUUUGGCAGAUGUAAGGACUUUAGUCAAGUGAUCAAUUCUAAGUUCAUAUCCAGGUUUGUUUUGAAGAGUUCUUAAUAAUGCAAGAUUUUUAUUGUUCUCAUAAACAAUAACAUUUACUUAAAUAAACUGAAAUGCAUUUAAUUAAAAUUGUCAUAUGUCUAUCAGUUGGAAUGACUAAUAGUUCAUCAUUGUUUAUUGACUUUAAGUGAAAUAACAUUUGUAAUGAUAUGCUCUUAUUAUGUUAUCGUUCCACAAAUUUCUGUUAUCCAUUUAAGUUGGAAGCAAUCUCUAGUUAGAAAAAUCACCUGUUUAAAUUUUUCCCUUUUAAAUAUGAAGAGUUUGGUCUCAUGUAAUGCAUAAUAGUCUGUUGCUUCGAACAGUUUAAAUAUUUUUUGUCAUUUUGUAAACAUUUUAAGGAUUAAAGGAAUUAAUUAUCAUGUACAUUAAAAUAUCACAUGUGCAACUUUGCAA